AGUUGUUUCCGAAAGUUUCAAGGUGGUUGUGUACUGUAUGGUUCAAUUGGAAAAUUCGAUUUUUCCAUUGCAAUUUGUCGUUCAAUGAACAACAAAAAGUGUAUGUAACGAAAACGAUAAGCAUCGAAUACUGGAAGGCAAUCGGGGCCAUAUCAAUUUUUUCAGAUUAAGAGUACAGUUAACAAAAGAAACGAAAAUAUUUAUUUUUCUUCUAAAAUUUUCUGGCAAUGUUUAGAGAACGUAAAAAUGUGUUGUAUUUUUGUAUACUACAUUAGACUAAGUGUGGUGGCAUUCUAUCAACCCUGCUGUGUUUUGAUGAAAAUGAAUUAUGUUAAACGCACAAUGGGGGCAUAGUUGUCACGUUUGUGUAUUGUAUUAUCGUGUACAGAUACAUAGUAGUGAAAAUAUCUAAAAAAAAAUUGUAAAAGACUUUUUUAUUCAGUGGAGUUGGAGCAAUACGUAUAAUGGCUUACGAUUCAGCUGGAAGCAAAUAAAGAUAAAUUGUAAUUAAUGGCGUUAGUAAUCGAAUUUGAUUAAUAUCAGUUUCGAGACGAAAGAACAAACAAACAAACAAACAUUACAUUUUGCUAAACCAGACAGACGUCUAUAAAAUAUAAUCAGUAAAUAGUCGCAGUAUGUCAGUUAAGAUGACGCGAUAUAAACAAGCUGAUUUUGUUGAUGAAGAUACUAGUAGCAUUGGCUCUAUACACUUAACAGAAGGUUCUAAACCAGCAAUGCAUAUACGAUAUCACACAGCAAGAGGCACAUCCUUAUGGCGAGCUCGCAACAAAUUGGAAAAAAUUCUAAUCUUAUCGCAGUGUUGCUUCUUUAUCAUUUUACUAAUAUUUAUCGUUGCAUUGAUCUCGAUGGCCAACAAUCAUAAUUCAACGCGAAUUUUGCAUGUUGAGCAGCACACACCGGACAAGCUACCAUGCCUAGAGACUCCGUGCAUAUAUGCAGCUAGUGAAAUACUUCAUUCCAUCGAUACGUCAAUAAAUCCAUGCGAUGAUUUCUAUGCUUUCUCGUGCAAUCAGUGGAUUAAGAAUAAUCCCAUACCUGACGGAAAGUCGAUGUGGGGAACAUUUGGAAAACUUGAGCAACGAAACCAGCUGGUGGUUAAAAAUGUUUUGGAACGUCCCCUCACCUCAUUUAAAUCGAAAGCGGAGAAAAAGGCCAAACAGUACUAUCAAUCAUGCAUGGACGAGGACGAGACAAUGGAGAAAUUGGGAGCUCAGCCGUUACAAAAAUUGCUUGUACAGAUUGGUGGUUGGAAUGCCAGUUCUAGCGGAUUUAACGUGACGACCUGGUCGUUAUCGAAAACGUUAAAAAUUUUGCAGAACAAAUACAAUAUGGGAGGCUUGUUUGUUUGGGCUGUUGGAGAGGAUGAUCGAAAUUCGUCACGUCACAUCAUACAAAUCGAUCAGGGUGGUUUAACAUUACCGACACGAGACAAUUACCUCAACAAAACGGCACACGCGAAAGUAUUGUCCGCAUAUUUGGAUUACAUGACAAGAGUUGUUGUACUGCUAGGAGGAAACGAAACGGAUGCUAAGAGCCAAAUGAACGCAGUCAUUGAUUUUGAGACGAAAUUGGCUGAGAUUACGACACCAGCCGAAGAACGCAGAGACGAAGAACUCUUGUAUCAUCCGAUGACACUGGCCGAACUACAAGAUAUUGCUCCGUUUAUCGAUUGGCGUGACCAUUUUGAGGAUGCUUUGCGUUUAGUGAAACGGAAAGUGACAGAAAAGGAACGAGUCGUUGUGUAUGCUACUGAAUACUUAACAAAAUUAACAAAAAUCAUAACCGAGUACAAUGCAACAGCAGAUGGAAAAAUUGUCUUGAAUAACUACUUGGUAUGGCAAACUGUCCGAUCGUUUACUGCAUGUUUAUCUAAGGCUUUUCGUGAUGCGUACAAAGGUCUAAGAAAGGCUCUCAUCGGAUCGGAAGGUGGAGAAGAGCCUUGGCGAUAUUGUGUGGCCGAUACGAAUAAUGUGAUUGGAUUUGCGAUUGGUGCUAUGUUCGUUCGUGAAGUUUUCCAUGGCGAGGCGAAACCGCAAGCCGAGCAGAUGAUCAAUGAAGUGCGUUCCGCAUUUCAACAAAAUUUGCGAAACCUUGACUGGAUGGAUGAAGAGACUCGAGUGCUGGCUGAUGAAAAAGCUGAUGCUAUUUCCGAUAUGAUUGGUUUUCCCGACUACAUCCUCAAUCCAGCGGACCUGGAUGAAAAAUAUAAGGAUCUGACCAUCGACCCGGAUAAGUAUUUCGAAAAUAACAUAAAGGUCAACAUGUACAAUCUGAAGUCGAAUUUGGAAAAAUUGGAUCAACCUGUAAACAAGACCAGAUGGGGAAUGACACCGCCAACUGUGAAUGCAUACUAUACGCCUACGAAAAAUCAAAUUGUAUUUCCAGCUGGCAUCCUGCAACUUCCCUUUUUCGACAUAAGUAACCCGAAGAGUUUGAAUUUCGGAGCCAUGGGUGUGGUAAUGGGCCACGAGCUGACACACGCAUUUGACGAUCAGGGAAGGGAAUAUGAUAAAUUCGGUAACUUGCACCAGUGGUGGAAUAACAAAACAAUUGAUCGGUUCAAAGAGCGAGCCAAUUGUUUGUCGAAACAGUACGAACAGUACAAGAUCAACGGAAAGAAUUUGAACGGAAAACAAACUCUCGGCGAAAAUAUAGCGGAUAAUGGUGGAUUGAAAGCGGCAUUCAAUGCGUAUAUCAAAUCGAAAAACGAAACUGAUUCUGAUAUGUUGUUACUGCCUGGAAUCAACAUGACGCAUAGACAAUUGUUUUUCGUUUCGUUUGCACAGGUCUGGUGUUCAGCUGUAACGGAUGAAACAACCAAUCUUCAAAUUGAAAAAGAUCCGCACUCUCCGCCAAAGUUUCGAGUCAUAGGACCGUUGUCGAACUUGAAAGAGUUUUCCGAAGAAUUUCAGUGCAAAAUGGGAUCGCCAAUGAAUCCAGUCAAGAAGUGCGAAAUUUGGUGAAUGUUCCACCAAUCAAUGUUUUUUCGCAUAUAACUUAAAACGUUAUUCCUAAGCAUAAUUAUAAUAUUCAAACUAAUCUAGCAGGUUAAAAACAGAUUUUUUAGAUAGUUUUAUAAAGGAGGAAUUUGCCAAAUUUAUCCAAUAACUUAAGGAUUUACAUUUCAUUUGACCAAUUUCAAUUAAUGUGAACUGAAUUAUGAAUGUUGUUUAAACGGCUAGUCAUCUCGUCAUCUGUUAUCGACCAAAAAAAUGAGUUGAAUGUAAAGAAUGUCGGACUUAUUUCAGAGAAUUUUAAUUUUGAAUUUCUUUUUCGAAAUUUUUUCCGAAUUUUUUUCGAAAUUUUCAGAAUCAAAAUUCCCCAAAAUAAGUGAAGAUAUGAAUGAGCUUUCGCUUGUGUUCUUGUGACAAGAACUUCUUUUCUAAUAUCUCAACUAAUGGAGACUUUGACUAGCAGAAUUUGUGUCAAACUAAACUUUAAACAAGAAAAGUGUAACCUAAAGCUCUACAUAGAUCUACCGAGGUCAAGACCAGUCUGGCCUCACCUGAACCUUGGUUCCAUUCAGUUAACCUGAAAUUGUAUGGAAUCAGGCCAUUUCAGAUCAGGUUAAAAUUGAUCAUAUCAGGGUCAUGUCAAACGCAGGUUAGUAGUUAUCAUGGCGAUACGUUUGCCGUUUGUAAGUGGUUAGAAUACUAAUAGUAGAUAUUGAACCGUAUAGAGUUACGCUCUAUAUGAAAUUGAACAAAUCCAGCGAUUUUAAAUUUUGUCUUAGUUGUUUGAUUAGCGGGUAAAGCGAAUCCAGAAUUGGCUUGGUACACUCGAUGCAAAUCGGCUUGUGGUUUAUUUUUCGAGAAAAAAUCGUUCCAAGAACGUUCCUCGAGAAUGUACAGCUCAUCUUAUUCAUUCUUUUAAAAGCAUCGAUUCCAUUUGACUUUUUAUCGAAGACAAAUGAAAGAAUUUAAAUGAAAGACAGUACUCUAUCAAGUUCGUAGAUAUCGCGGCUUUGUCGCACGCGCUAUAAAGAAUUUUAUUUCUAACUUGUGCUUUUUCGACGAGUUUGAUUCCAUAACUUGUUUUUAUGAACUUUACGUAGAGUAGAGGCUGGCUAUUCUUCCCAUAGUAACAAAUAUUGUCAAGUUUACGUAAAUUUUAGAGACAAUUUUGGACAUGAAAUAGAAGCCCCAAAUAACCAAAAAGUUAGAAAAGUCAAUGACAAAAUUUUAAUUGCCUUCGCGCCUCAUGCACUCACAAAUUGUGAGUUUUCGUUUUCAACUCUGAAACCUUAACAUAAACGAAUUAAUUGAGUUAUCACAAACACGCCCAGUGAUAAGUGUCAAUUCUCCAAUCUUGUAAACGUCACUGCUUGAUCUGUUCGAAUUUAAAUAAUUUUAAACGAAAAAUCAAAUUUUAUCUCGAAAUUAUAGUCACAAACAGCUACACAACGGUACGGGUAUCAUAAAUAUCAAACCAGAAUCUUGGCCCACAUCAGAUAAUAAAAAUUAUAAUCAAAGUUUUAGAAGAAGCCAAAUUGUAAGUUUUAAGAAAGAUAAAGAAAAAAAAAAUUACCAAAAAAUUUCGAUGUAACGCUACAAUUAAGUACAUUUGCAUAAACUUAAAAUUAAUUAAAAAUAAAUAUUUAACUGUAACUGUGAUAAAAAUAAUCCAAAAAUAGAUUGUCAAAAAAUAAACAUAUAAAAUAUUGUGAUAAA